CACUAGAGCUCUCCUACAGUUGAGCGACCGGACCACCACUACCACUGGUGGACACGCCGCCCUGCGAAUCAUCGACGACCAGGCUGAAUUUUGAUCCUGCAAACGCGCACCCGCUUCGCAGCUCACCACCACCAUCGCCCAUCGCUCACAACCAUCCGUCGCCCUGCCUUGGAAUUGGCCGCGCACAGUGACGGCAAUUGAAGCACAGCCAUGGCCCAGCAGCCCCUGUCCACGUCGGUGCAGCCCACCGACAUCUACGGCGGAGAUGAGGUGUCCGCCCUCGUCCUCGACCCGGGAUACUGCAACACGCGCGCGGGCUACGCCGGCGAGGACGUGCCCAAGUCGAUCCUGCCGUCCUUUUACGGCCACGUCACGAGCGAGCCGCAGCGCGACCUCUUCGGCGACGAGUGCCUCAUCCCCCGCGCCGACUUCGAGGUCCGCAACUACAUGAACAGGGACAGCGUCGUCGAGGACUGGGACACGGCCGGCAAGAUCUGGGAACACAUGCUUAUCAAGCGUCUGCAACCCGAGCGCCCGACUCCGCCGGCUAAGAACGGUCUCAACGACGACGCCAAGGAGCAGGACGGCGAGGGCGACGUGGCCAUGGAGGAGGCCGCCGACAUACAGGAGAAGCCGCUCGAAGAGAACCCGUUGCUCAUGACUGAGGCGCCCUGGAACACGCCAAAGUCGAGAGAAAAGGCCAUUGAGAUCAUCAUGGAGAAUUGGGGCUGCCCGGCCUUCUGGCUGAGUCGCACCCCCGUCCUGGCUGCCUUUGCCGCCGGCAAGGCCACCGCCUUGGUCAUCGAUGUCGGUGGCGCCAACACUUCCGUCACCGCUAUUCACGAUGGCAUGGUUCUUAAGCGAUCUAUCCAGCGGUCGCCCGCCGGCGGUCUGUGGCUGUCGUCGCAGAUCCGCAGCCUGUGGGAGACGUCGGAGCCCAAGGUCAACCUCAUCCCUACAUACAUGGUUGAGAACAAGACUCCAGUCGAUGCCCUCGCCCCUGCGCAGGCACGACUGCGAAAGUUUCCCUUUGAAAUCAGCGACUCGUACCGCGCGUACGAGGAGGAACGCGUCCUGACCGAGUUCAAGGAGUCUGUUGUGGAGGUGUGGCGCGGCCCUGGCCGCUACAGCGCCCCCGGAAACGAAGACUACGUCAAGACGCAGCCCGGUCGCGUGUUCGAGAUGCCCGACGGCUACAACCAGAUGUGGCGCGAGCAGCGGUUCAAGGCCACCGAGGGCAUGUGGGACGAGAGCGCCGGGUACCCCAUUCCCGAGUCGGAGCGUCUCACUAAGGCACAGACGAUCCCCGAACUCAUCCGCGCUGCCCUCAACGCCGUUGACGUCGACCUCCGCGGCAACCUGUUGGCCAACGUGGUCGUCACCGGCAGCACCAGUCUGAUCAACGGCUUCAACGAUCGCCUCAACAACGAGCUCAUGGCCAUGUAUCCCGGCCUCAAGGUCAAGAUUCACGCCGCGGGCCUGACGAGCGAGCGGCGGUUCGGCGCCUGGAUCGGCGGCUCCAUCCUUGCCAGCCUGGGAACCUUUCACCAGAUGUGGAUAUCGCGUAAGGAGUAUGAGGAAAAUGGCCCCGGCGUGGUUGAGAAGCGGUGCAAGUAGACGGCGGUCCAAAUAGGGGGCGGGCGCGAACGGGUUUGGCGUACGGAGUCGGGAAACAAUGCGGUUUUUUUUUUCGCGACGAACAGGACGCUACAAAAGACAGAAUUCAGUGAAUGGGUUAUAGUGUAUGAGUUAUCGACUCAAUUGCAUUACAUUCAUCGGCAUGCAAGGCUCGCUUCAAUGACGU